UUCAUACCAGUUAGCAAAUGGUGGCGAACAAACAACAUUGUGACUGCGCGAGUUGGUGAAAAAUUUAGAGUGAUUUAAUAGUGAUUUGUGAAAAAUUAGACUAUGGUGAUCUCGAUGGUGAUAAUAUGACAUCCAUGGACGAGAAUACUCGAGUGGUAGACGAGAAAUUCUACCACAUUUACACCGUUGCCUCGCAAAUUGGUAUACCCGUAGCCACAGUUCUUGCAUUGUUCGAUAAACAUUACCCCGCAGAAUGUUUUGGUACGUUAACCGAAACCGAGUGGGAAACUGUCUUGCAAGGCACCGGAUUGGAAGGCAAAGGCUUGGAAGUGUUCCGUCGGAUAGUGGCGUGGAAAACUGCAGCGAAAAUUGCUCCGGAUCAGUCCUGCAUACCACCGUUAGAGUCGAGCGUUUACGUGUUCCAGAUCACGGACGACACCAAUGAUAAACGAGGUUCUCAUCCAAACCCGUCAACUUCAGACGGACAUGCUCUGCCGCACCAGGAAGUAAAUCUCAUGACUUUCUCAGAAGUGGUUCCGCCUGAACCCGGUAUCUUAGACCCCAGAACAUCAUCUAAUGAAGAUCCAGAAGAAGAAGAUGAUGGUUGUGCUGAAGAAGAUGGUUCUUGUGACACGAUGGUAAUGUGUAAUGCUGAACCAAGCGGCAGUAUUGGAUCCAAUGAGACGCAGGAUGUAUUAAGUACUUCACACACUGCUCGACACGCUGUACAUCACAACCAAGAUUAUGCUGAGAUUUCAUCAGGAGUCCUGCAACCAAGGAUGGAGAAUGAACCUGAUAUUGGCAACUCUCCCUUCUUCGCACCAGAUGACCUCAAUUUACUUCUGUCCACAUCUGAAAUUGGACAAUCCAUUCUUCGGAGCAGUUUGAAGGGGCCACUGUCCAAGGAUAGCAAGAAAGAACUUGCGAGCAUCAUAGCGAAUCAUCACAUUUCCCGUCACUCCCAAGGAAACAACGUAGGGUUGUGCCGACUUACCAAAGCAGUUCUUGAAAAUUAUGUCAACUGCAUAAAGCUGCGGUUCCCAACUGAAAAAGACGAUAUGGUAACGUACUACAUUCCGGCUGAACCACCGGAAAGAAAAAAUCCUGGAGGAUCAAUUUACCAGGCUUACAAGCGCAUAAAAAGCAUGAAACGUGAUCGACAACAAAGAGAACUACAACAUGCGGCAAAACUAGCCUCAGCUAAAGAAAAUAAUGGAAAUCCUCAUCGUGCUGAACAAUCCGAAGCUUACAGGUGGCUUGCUCUGAACAAUACGCCAUGGGAGACAGUAAUAAAAAUGUGGAAAAUGUCUGAAACAUCCCGAUUCGAUCAUAUGAAAAAGCUGAAACCUGCCGAGAUCAUAACAAAAUAUCGACACUAUGCAGAACCUCUCGGAUAUCAGUUGAUUGAUCUCGAUUAUCAUUCACUAGGAUUUGCAGAGGGCAUCCAAAACUGGCCCGAAGUUGUGAAAACAUUGAAACCGUACUUUAUUCUGAAAGUACGUGACCAGUUUUCUACAGCAGUACUUGAAUACAUGAUUCAAGACGGAGCUACAGAAGACAUUCUUGUAUGCUGCACGCUGAUUUUACUUAACUGCUGUGUAAAACCGUGCAAGGUAAACAAAAGCGUCAGGCCAACAAUACUCACUGCUCAGGAAGAUAUAUUGUUGUUUGCUGAAACUGUGCAAAGUGGUUCGGAUUGUAUACAUAAACUGUUUGAUUCGUAUGCGGCGCAAGGUAUCGCUCCUCACCCAAAAAUUAUUGCAAUCGGAUCCAGCUACAGGAAUCUAUCUGGAGAGUUUUAUGUCCUAUUUGAUCGUAUUCAGUACAAAAUUAAUUCAGCGGCUCGGGCGGUAGAUGUAAUUAUCAAGAUGUGCAAUGUAAUGAACCAACCAUUUUCGAAGGUCACCAAACUCGUAUGGUAUACUGUUGAAGAAGUCCUGUACAAAAUUCGAGCACCCGCUCAGUACAAAGAAAUCGAAACCAUCAAAAAGCUACUAAAAUGAGCAAUUCAGUGCAGUGUUUCUAUACCGGAUGCCAACAGAUAUUUACCAGAGUAAAUGAUUACAUUGCACACUUAAAAACGCACAAUCUUGAUAAACCACUUCGACUAGUAUGCACAUUUACCCAUUGUACUCAAAAGCUAACGAAUAUGUAUAGGUUUAGUCGACAUCUUAAAACUCAUUUAUCUGCCAGAGACGAUGAUAUGGAUUGUGAGAAAAACCAUGGGUCCAUUAGGGAAUAUCUCACUUCCGUUAAUAAUUCUGAAACGGUAAUGAUAAGGCAUUCAUAAAUUUAUAAAAUAUGAACCAUAACACCAUUUUUUAUUUUAGGAAACAACCUGCACGCAGGCAAACAAUUCACUAGAUGCUACCAAAUCAAGCAUACUACCUGAAUCCUUGAGGACGAUCGAACAGAAGGCGCUCAGUUUCACGCUCGAUCUGCAUAGAAGAAAGAAUUUCACACGUAAAGAUGUAAUAGAUGUUCAAAAAGAAAUUAAAGUGAUGAACACUCACCUAGAACAUCUCAUUCGAACAUGUGCUCCGGCAGGAGCUGAUCCUCAGACGCAGUAUAUAUUUGAUGUUAUGUUAAGUAAACUUUCUACUCUUUUCGAUUUUAUUGAUACUGAACAUAAGCUAUUCAAAUAUCUUAAAGAUUUAGAUUUAAUGAGGAAACCGCAGAAGUUAAUUGUUCAAAGUGGCAAGAUGUUCGAUAUUGGCGAAGAUAAUGAAGAGCUUGAGAACAAAAAAGCGUGCCUGGUGUUGAUGGAUAUUGAGUUCCAAAUUAGAAAAUUUCUCGAAAGCGAUAACGUACUGAAAGAGUUAAAGCAACAUGAGGAGAUUCUGAUGGGGAAAUCAACUUUUUGCCACCUUGUCCAUGGUUUGACAUAUCAAAAAAUUAAAUCUAAAUAUGCAGAUAGAUCAAUCAUUCCGAUUUCCUUCUACGCAGAUGAGUUUGAAAUAAAUGACCCACUUAGUUCGCACGUGAAAAAACAUAGCAUUUGUGGUCUCUAUUAUGGGUUUCCUACCCUUCCUGAGCAAUAUAGGGCGAAACUUUGUAAUAUUUUUGUAGCAGGAGCCAUAAAGAAGGUUGAUAUAAAUGAGCACGGAAUAGAACAGUUUUUGGUCCAUGUGAUAGAUAAAUUUAAAGAAUUGGAACUCAAUGGUAUUUUAAUCAAUAUUAAUGGCGAAGAACAACGAGUCCAUCUUGUACUUAUGCUCGUGCAGGGAGACAAUUUAGGUAUUCACCAACUGUUGAAGUUCUCAGGUUCAUUUUCGGCAAAUCAUUACUGUAGAUUUUGUAGAAGAGCGAAAAAUUUAUUAUCUAAUGACGAUAGGGAAUACAAGGAUGAUCU